AAAGACGAUGGGGCGGGGCCUGUGGGAGUGUCAGGUGAGAUUAGCAACCUAUUGCUGGAGCUCCGAGGGGUUUGGGACCCAUGGCGUUGGGGAAGACCCCUAUCGACAUGCUGGAAGUCCCCCUGAGCUCGGUCGCCAGGCUUGGUCCCCGGGAGCCCCCAACCCUCCAUCGCCGGCUAGGGCGGGACGCGAUCGGCUGCGGGGGCUCCGGGGCGUGGCCCCACGGCUGCUCCAAUCGCCACCUAGCCGAGUGAUGGGGGCGUGGUCAAACCCUGGAAAAGUUGGAGCGGAUGCCAGAGGCGCGGUGGGCCGGGGAGGCCGAGGACCUGUUCCUGUCCGGAAGCCAGCGCGCAGUCCCCGCAGCUGGCAUUGGAUGAGUCCCGGCUGAGAGCGCAGGGGUCCAAGGGACUGAACCGGAUCUAGCCCGCCCACCAGGCCAUGGCGUCUUGGGGGCUCCUUGUGACCGGCGCCUCCUUCGCCGCCUUCCGGGGGCUGCACUGGGCGCUGCAGCUGCUGCCCGCGCCGGGAUCCGCUGCCCAGGACCGUUGGAAGUGGCGCAACAUCUGUGUCUCCCUGCUGCACAGCCUGCUCGCAGGGGUUGGGGCGCUGCUCGAGCUGUUGGUGUACCCUCAGAUGGCUGCCGACCCGAUUCACGGCCACCCGCCCUGGGCCCUGGUGCUGGUGGCUGUGUCCGUGGGUUAUUUCUUGGCCGAUGGAGUUGACAUACUGUGGAACCAGACCUUGGGCCAGGCCUGGGAACAUCUGUGUCAUCAUUUGGUGGUAGUGAGCUGCUUCGGCACCGCCAUUCCGUCCAGCCACUAUGUGGGCUUCUCUAUGGUGUCUCUGCUCCUGGAGCUGAACUCUGCCUGCCUGCACCUACGACAGUUGCUGCUGCUUUCUCACCGGGCCCCAUCCCUGGCCUUCCGCAUGGCCAGCUGGGCCACCCUGGCCACCCUGGUCCUCUUCCGCCUGGUGCCUCUGGGGUGGAUGAGUCUGUGGCUGAUCUGACAGCGACACCAGGUGCCGCCUCCUCUGGUCGUCCUUGGUGCAACUGGGCUGGUCACUGUGGGUGCCCUAAGCAUCACACUGGGUGUCCGUAUUUUGGUCAGCGAUGUCCUGCGGUCUCAGCCUCAUCCACCCAUCCCUGGGCACAAGGAAACCAGGGGCACAAGGAGAUGUCGUGAUGGUGAGCUUGUCACCAGGGAUGAUUCCACUCUCAGCCUGAAAGACUAGAGAGAGGCCUCAGGCUCCUCUUCUGCCAGUCCUGGGAGAGGUAGGGCCAGGACAAGGAGAUGGUGGUGUACAGUGUACAGUCCUUCAUUGGGGUAAGGACUGGACUGAAUUUUCAGUAUCUCGGUCCCUCUUCCAAGUCACUCACACCCCUCCCCCAUUCCUAGGAUCUGAGAAGAAAUGCUGAUGUUCAUGGAUGGGUGGGAAACUGGGCUGUUGUUCAGUGAAUUCCAUCAUCAGAUGACUGCUUCUUCCAGCAAACUAACUCGAGGUACGGCCAGUGCUACCAAUAAGGGGUGGCAGGAGGCAUGAAGCUAAGUGAAAUUGCCAAGGACAUCCUCUACUUUUAACACAGGAACAGGUGAAGAAAGGUGAGGUCCUAUUAGGACCGGAGAGAUCUAAUGUGGAGGGGGUGGGUUCAGAGGGAAGAGAGGUCUCACCUGCAACCAAAUUCUAGCAGGGGGAGGAGGCCACAACAGGUGCUAUCUGUAGCAGUAGGGAUGGACGUACUAGUGGCCAAGAAACAGAAGAACUGGACCACUAGAGUCGCGGCUAUUUCUGGUUCUCAAAGCCACACUACUGUGUUUGUACUUACUGCUAGUCCUACUGCCUUUUAAAUUUUUAAAAAGCCCAGCAUCUGCCUUUUAAAUUUUCUUACUAUCUCCUGACCUUUUCUAAGAAAAUGCAGAUUCUUUUUUUUUAAAUAUUUUCAUUUUUUAUUAUUUAUUUGAGGGAGAGAGAGUGAGAGAGCAUGAGAGGGGGGAGGGUCAAGAGGGCAAAGCAGACUCCCCACUGAGCAGGGAGCCCGAUGCGGGACUUGAUCCCGGGAUGCCAGGAUCAUGACCUGAGCCGAAGGCAGUCGCUUAACCGACUGAGCCACCCAGGUGUCCGAAAGUGCAGAUCCUUAAAGGAAUGAGCAUGGGACUAGGUCUGUCUUCUUAGGACAGUACUGAAGUCCAGAGCCAUAGCAGGGACUUAAACACCCAUUCUGGGUGCCAAGUGUAACGUUUUCCAAGGUCCAGGCUUUCAUGGAAGGAUGAAGGCAGGGGUAGAAGUAGAUGAGGGAAGGCUUUCACUUGCCUGCAGAGGGAUUAAGGAAUAUCUGACUCUCUACUAGGAUUCAUUUGCAAGCUUGUCCUCUCCUUUCUCCCAUGCAACUUUUUUUUUUAGAGGUGGGGGCAAUAGGAGAGAGAGAGAGAGAGAGAGAAUCUUAAGCAGGUUCCAUCUCACAAACCUGAGAUCAUGACCUGAGCUGAAACCAAGAGUCAGGUGCUUAACCGACUGAGCCACCCAGGUGCCCCUGGGGUAAUUUUUUAACCAUCCAAUUUUCAUUCUCUCAUCUCACUUAAGAGACAGGAAAAAUUCUUUUUUUUUUUUAAUUUUAUUUUUAAGUAAGCUCUACACCCAAUGCCAGGCUUGAUCUCACAACCCUGAGAUCGUGACCUGAGCUGAAAUCAAGAGUUCAACGCUUAACUGACUGAGCCAUCCAGGCGCCCCUCUCCCCUACCACUUCUGCUGUCUUUUCUUUCCCCUAUGGCACAAAAUCUCUCCUUUCUUCAGGCAGAACAGCCAGGUUAUGGAAAGUGUAAAGCAGAUUAAGACUGCUAUUCUACUAAACAAUGGACAGAAAGAGAUAACCCUUAAUUAUCCACAGAAAAGAUACAUGAGCAAAAGCAAGAGACAGGAAGAUUAAAACAAAAAAAUUCUGCCCAAAAGUUGAGCUAGAGAAAGACAAAAGGGAUGAUAGAAAUAGACAUACAUAGAUUGAGGGACAGAAAGAAAGAGAAGGAUCACGUGUAUCGAAGAGACAGAGGUGAAGAGAGAUGGAGGGCAAGACAGGGAAUCCCUGGCGAAAUGUUAAGAAAGACUGUCAUGGAUGCUGACGGGAACCAAAGUCACAGAACUGGUAAAAUGGGCAUAAACAAAGAGGACAAGAAAAAUAGAAAUAAAAGCUGACAGGAAGGGACCCCAAGGGUGCAAGGCACAGAUGGUCUAGACAGAGAAAUAGAGUGAGUGACAAAGAGGAACAACCAGACUCAGGAGAGAUGGAGGGAAGAGAGGCAUUUUGAGAGAUUGGCAGAGCGAGAGAAGAGAGGGGGGGAAUAGAGAUGAGGGGAAUUAGUCAGGGGAGCUGAGAAGCAGAAGAACAGAAGGUGGAGGAGGCACUCAAUGGAAAGAUUCACUGGCAGAAAAAGAAAGUAGGAAAUAUGUUGAGUUGGAGACGGGCAGAAAGACAAAGGACAAACAGCUACAGUGCAAAACACAAAGAGCCUGACAGGAACUGAUAGGCAGAGACUGGUAGGAAGAUGAAGAGAAGUCAGAAUCAGGGAUGUAAACUGAGAUGGAAGAAUAGGCAAAGGGACUGAGGAGAACCACAGAGAGGGAAAGAAGGGGGUGGGGGCAGACUGAUUAAAUAAACAUCCGAAGGAAGGGAGCACCUGGCUAGCUCAGUUGAUAGAGCAGUGUGAUCUCAGGGUUGUGAGUCUGAGCCCCAGUUGGGUGUAGAGAUUACCUAAAAAAAAUAAGAUCUAAGAAAAAAAAAAAAAAAAAAACCCAGACAAACAAAAAUAUCCGAAGGAAGGAACAAGGAAAAAGAGGAAAUAGAUGAAGAGAGGAAGAAAGAAAGAAUAGAGAUAGGGAAAAUUUAAGGGGGGGAUUGUGUGAGAUGCCCAUCAUAGAGUCAUUAAAGCACAAAGGGAAGAAUAACAAAUAGAGACUGAGGAGAAAUUGCCACAGCUGGAAGCAAAUACAGGCAGAACAUAAGAGCAGAGAUAUUUCAUGUAAUCAGACAAAAGCCAGAGAGGUAAAGGUAUAAGAGUUGAGAUAGUAGAAUUAGUAGAGUGAGAAAUAGUAGAAUUCUCUGGGUGCCUGGGUGGCUCAGUCGUUAAGCGUCUGCCUUCGGCUCAGGUCAUGAUUCCAGGGUCCUGGGAUCAAGUCCCACAUCGGGCUCCCUGCUCAGCAGGAAGCCUGCUUCUCGCCCUCCCACUCUCCCUGCUGUGUUCCUGCUCUCGCUGUCUCUGUCUCUGUUGAAUAAAUAAAUUAAAAAAAUCUUUAAAAAAAAAAAAAAAAAAAAGAAA